AUGACUACUACUAUUAGACCUUGGUCGACAAUCAAGAGCUUUAUUCAGCGUACUAUCCUACGAGAUGGAAAUAAGGACAACCUUCCCCGUUCUGGUCGACCAUGCUUGCUUAGCAACCGGCAAAAGAAAGCACUUAUUAAAGCAGCAAAAAAUAAUCGGAGGAUGACAAAGAAUGAAUUUAGAGAUAAAUAUGCACCUGGGGUCUCCCUUGCUACGGUCGAUCGAGUCUUACGACAGGGAAAUGUGAAGAAAUGGCUUGCCAAACACCGCCCACUUUUGAAGCCUGAGCAUGUCAAAAAGCGGCUAGAUUGGGCAAUGCAACGGAAAGACUGGGGUAUUGAAGAGUUUAUGAGUGUUAUUUGGAGCGAUGAGUGUGCAGUUGAGAGAUCUAAAGACCCUCGUCAAAUUUGGGUCUUCAGAGAACCUGACGAGAAAUGGCUCGCCGACUGCAUCUAUCCAAAGCCAAAAGAUCGUGGUAUUUCUCUGAUGGUUUGGGGUUGUUUCUAUGGGAGAAAUAAAGGCCCUUUGAUUCCAGUACCCGAGAGUAUGACUGGCAUCCGCUACCUUAUAAUUAUCAAGCGCUAUCUCCCGUCAGUUCUCAGAAAUGCUCUGAUGAUCUAUCCCUAUGUCACUUUUCAACAUGAUAAUGCACCAGUUCAUACAGCUAGAAUAAUCACUGAAUGGUUCGAUCAUAACAAUAUUGAGGUGGAAGCCCAUCCACCUUACUCUCCAGAUCUUAAUCCUAUCGAGCAUGUAUAG